UAUGAAGGGAACAGAAGAAGAAAAUAAAUUUCUACGCAGAGCCACUUUUGGAGCAUGAUUCCUUUCGCUACGGCGUGGAACCUUUUCAUUAACCUCACUGCCCCUGUAUAAACAUCCUGGAAUUAGGGUUUCAGAAUCACCCUUUGUGUCUCAUGUAUACAUUUGGUGUUUUUUGGAUUUCUUCUUGCCGUCUGGAAGAACAAUAGUAGAAAUUGUAGAGAAUGGCUAUGAGAGCAAUUUUUAACAAGAUAUCUCCUUUCUCUUCUAAUACUUUAUCAUUAGGUUUCAUAGAAGGAACACUAAGGAUUCGUCGUUCCUUUUGGUGUUCAAGAUUCCGACCAACUACUAGAAAAUUUGCCACUAAGGAGGAGGAGGAUGAAUUCAAUGCAUUGAAGUAUUACAUAUAUCUGGAAAAGAACACACCGGAUGAUGAGUUUUCCGAUAUGAUUUUUGAUUCUAUGUAUGAAUCCUCUCGAUAUGAUCUGCCGGAUGGUUAUCGGCCUUCAAAAGUUGUCGAGGAAAUUAUACGAAAAGAGGAAGAAGAUGGUGAACGACAAAGAAUUUAUGAGGAAGAGCUUGAAAAUGAAAGACUUGAUGAAUAGGUUGCCCAAUCGCUCUGUUAUAGAUAAGGUAUUGUCUUCAAUCGAUGAGCUUAUUCCUUGUCAUCAUCUAUUAACAUAAACGCUUGUACCUAGCCUCACUGCCUCAGUCUAACUGAGGAUUAGAAGACAUCUCCUCUUGAUCAAAGAUAACAAGCCCAAAAAAAAAACUCACUGUGAGGGAAAAAAAUAUGAAUAAUAGGUAUAUUUAGGGGUGUUUGAUUGAAAAUACAUAUAAAAUAACUCUUAACCCUUAAUUUGUAGGAGGAGAAAUUAACUGCCCCACCUAUUCUCACUCCCUAGUCCCUACCCCCUGCUUUCGAUAUGUAACAAACUUUUUGAAAAAAUUAGCCUAAACUCUAUGAGAACAACUGUGGUUGAUUCAGUGAGUGUUAAGGUUACGUGAUGUAUAAGUAUUUAUUUAAUUGUAUUUUCCUGUUUUAAGUAUGUCUUCGUAUCCAAGUCUUUUAACUUUGGAAACCAUUGUAACAAACCCUUGUAACAACUGUUUAUAAAUACA